AUGAAGCUCCUCAUCUUCCGGGCGCUUCUCACUCUUCUCCUCUCAGCAAUGCUAUUUUCACUCCGCAGUCUAUUCCACGUCCGCCUGCGCAGCAGCCACCGGCUCUGGUUCACCUCUCACCCUCUCCUUCUCAACAACUACAACAAUCAUAUUCGUUUUUUAGUCCCUCAUUCGCCCAAUGUGUCUUUAAUCUCCUGCCCGUGUAUUUGGUUCGCUGGGUUUCUCUGUAUCCUUAGGUUGCCGUUUGCUACUAGGACAGUCUCCACAAACUCUGAUGUUGUCAUCGGAGAGUUGGACAGGGAUUCAGUAAGUAAAAUUGUUCAGCAGGGCUGUUGGGACGAUCCCAGAAUCGUAGGGCUCGUUGGUUCUUCUUCCUCUUUGGCUCCUUUACGGGUUUCCAGGGUACUGCUGGUGUUACGGCAUGACCCGCGAUUGGCAUUGAAAUUCUUCAAUUGGGCGAAAACCCUCAUUGGGUUUCGCCACACCACGGAAUCCUACUGCUUAUUGGCUCACAUUUUGUUCUACGGCAGAAUGUAUUUCGAUGCCAAUGACAUUCUUAAGGAGUUGGUCUUAGCAGGCAGGAGUUUGCCAGGUUUCGAUGUGUUUGAAGUUUUGUGGUCGACUAGGAAUGUUUGUGUCUCGGGUUAUGGAGUUUUUGAUGCGCUUUUUAGUGUGUAUAUAGAACUAGGGAUGCUUGAGAAAGCUGAUAAUUGCUUUUCGAGGAUGAGAAGUUGUAGAGUGUUGCCUAAAGCACGAUCAUGCAAUGCCCUCCUGCAUAGGCUAGCCAAGGGAGGGAAGAAAGAGGAUGGUGCUAUUAGGAACUUCUUUAGGAAUAUGGUUGGUGCUGGAAUUUCUCCCUCUGUGUUUACUUACAACAUCAUGAUAGACCAUGUGUGCAAAGAAGGGGAUAUUGAAGCUGCUAAAAGCUUGUUUGAGGAAAUGAAGCACAAGGGUGUGAUGCCAGAUGUUGUAACUUACAAUUCGCUCAUUGAUGGAUAUGGGAAAUUAGGCUUUUUGGAGAAUUCAGUGGGGUUAUUUGAGGAAAUGAAGCAAGCAAGUUGUGAACCUGAUGCAGUAACCUACAAUGCAUUGAUUAAUUGUUUUUGUAAAUUCGAUAGGAUUGCUAGAGCUUUUCAGUUUUUCUCUGAGAUGAAGCAUAAUGGAGUCAGACCUAGUGUCAUAACUUACAGCACACUGGUUGAUGCAUUGUGCAAGGAAGGAAUGAUGCAACAGGCCAUCAAAUUUUUUAUAGACAUGAAACGCCUUGGUUAUUCUCCCAAUGAAUACACUUAUACUUCUCUUAUUGAUGCAAAUUGUAAAGCUGGAAAUUUGAGUGAAGCAUUGAAGCUGGCCAACGAGAUGCUCUGGACAAUAAGUUCUGAAUUGAACAUUGUUACAUACACAGCUUUAUUAGAUGGCCUUUGUAAAGGAGGGAGGAUUACAGAAGCAGAAGAACUUAUCACUGGGAUGCUGAAUGCUUCAGUAGCUCCUAACCUGAAAACUUACACUGCUCUUGCUCAUGGAUAUAUUAAAGGUAAGAGCAAGGAAGAUUAUAUUGAAUUUUUGAAGCAAAUAAAGAUGAAAGGAUUUCAGCCUGAUUUGAUGCUUUUUGGGACCAUCAUCUGGGGGCUUUGCACUGAAAGGAAGUUUGAAGAAUGCAAGCUUGUUAUGUUUGAGAUGAAACAGCAAGGUAUUGGUGCAAACCCUGUCAUAUACACAACACUUGUUGAUGCUUAUUUCAAAGCUGGAAUGACCGCGGAGGCACUCGAUCUGGUACGGGAAAUGUGGGACUCGGGUGCUGAGGCUACAGUUGUAACUUUUUGUGUACUAAUUGAUGGGCUGUGCAAGAAGGGUAUGGUUCAAGAGGCAAUUGAUUACUUUACUACGAUGCCCGACUAUGGUUUGCAACCUAAUGUAGCAGUCUACACUGCCUUGGUGGACGGUCUUUGUAAAAAUAAUUUCAUAGAAGCAGCUGUGACUUUGUUCAAUGAAAUGCAGGAGAAACAUAUGAUUCCCGAUAAGACAGCAUACACUACUCUAAUAGAUGGGUAUCUGAAGCAUGGUAGCUUGCAAGAAGCAUUAAAUACAAGAAACAAGAUGGUCCAGCUAGGUUUGCAGCUUGAUCUUCAUGCCUACACUGCGUUGGUUUCAGGUUGUGCUAGAUGUGGCAAUCUACAGCAAGCUAGGAUAUUUCUUACUGAAAUGAUUGAUAAUGGCAUUUUUCCAGACCGGAUGCUUUGUGAUAGCCUACUAAAGAAGUAUUAUGAGCAAGGCCUUACUGUUGAAGCGAUCGAAUUGCAAAAUGAUUUGGCAAAGAAGGGUCUGAUAGAUGGCAGUUACGACUGUGUUGUUCCUGAAGUCUGA